CCCUGCCCCAUCUCACAUGUGAAGUGACAGCGUCUGCACAUAUUCUCCUCAGACUUGCAGCUCAGCGCUAGCUGCAUACACUUGCUGGGUUGCAACUUUUUCUUCCUCUCCCUCCCCUCCCUCACUUUGACGGGCAGCAAUGAAGUCAGAGUGAUGUCAUAUAAAGAUGCGAGUGCCUGGCAAGGUGACAUAGGUUUUUGGUGAGUGGUAUUCUCCACAGCCAGCGUUGCCUAUCGAGAGAGGCGCGGAGCUGCAAAAGAUGGUAAUCACCACCACCUCAAGCUCUGUCACGCUCUCUCCUUUUUCUCCUCCUCUUUCGGGCUAUCAUUUCAUGCCAGAAGACCUGAUCUGCCUUCCAAAAAUAAGCCUUUACCACCAUGCCGAAGGAAGAAAAACAAGAAGAGAGGUAUUUUUAGGGCCAUUAACUUUGACCACGUGCCCCGAAGGUAAACUGGAUGGCCAUUGUGCAAAGGUUCUUCAUCGGUAUGUGCAACGAAGCCAGCACGCACUGGACGUUGACUGCAAUUGUUCUCUUGGGGUCUCUAUUGGGGAUUGUGUCAUCAUAUCCGAUUCCAAGCAGGACUAAUGUAACUUUAUUGGAGCAAAGGUGGGAGACCCUCUUUUCCCGCUCCGUUCUGGGCAUCUCUGGUGCGAAAUCGGACAUGAACUGGGAGAGUGACUAUUUGCUGGGCAUCAAGAGAGUGCGGCGACUUUACUGCAACGUGGGCAUUGGAUUUCACCUGCAGAUCCUCCCUGACGGCAGGAUAAACGGUGGACAUAAUGAGAACCAGUACAGUCUAAUAGAGAUCUCUACCGUGGAGAGAGGAGUGAUAAGUAUGUAUGGAGUGAGAAGUGAGCUGUUUGUCGCAAUGAACAGCAGAGGAAGAUUGUAUGGAACGAAAUUCUUCCGGGACGAGUGCAAGUUCAAGGAGACCUUGCUGCCAAACAACUACAAUGCCUACGAGUCUUCGGUUUACAAGGGCUCCUACAUUGCCCUCAGCAAACAUGGCCGCGCAAAGAGAGGCAACAAGGCCACCACCGCCAUGACUGUCACACACUUCCUCCCCCGAUUAUUAUGAUCAGAACUGGCAAUAACUCACGAAUUUGCACAUGUGGAUGUUCUCCCAGGUAAUAUAGAAUUAUACAAUAUACAUAUAAACCAUUACAAAAGGACUGCAAAAACUACACAAGUAUUUAUUAUCUUUAUAUAUGUAUAUUUGGAUAGCUACCUUUGUAUUAGAACUGUAUAUGCCAUUAUUUGCUGCUUAUCACUUUUAUCAUUAUCGAUUGAGGAGUGUAAGGCUUUGCCAGUCUUCACUUUACUUUGGUGCGUGCCGUAACUGAAGUAUGCUUCACCCUGGCCCAGUAUCUGUGCGUUAGAGAUGUUGACGAUGAGGAUGACGUGUCUAUCUUCUAACUCCCAGGAAGAUCCAAUUCAAACUCCCAUUAGACAGAUCUGCAAGUGUUAUAAUGUCAAAAUACUUUAGUUACUCACCAAAUAUGGAGUUUUGCUGAGCAACUAUCUUCAUUUAAUCCCAUUACGGCCGGUAUGUACUUCCAAAAAAGGUCUAAAUAAACAUUUACAAGCAACCAAAAAAAUGCCUAUUCAGCAUCUCCAAUGUAUUGAGAUGUUGUAGACUUCCGACCUGUGCGUGGCAGUAAUGAGUGAUGAGUGAUUGGAGGUGUGCUGAAUAGCCAUUUUUCCUGUUGCUUGUCAAUUUUUAUUUACAUAUUUUUUGGAAGUACAUGAAGAUAGUUGCUCAGCCAAACUCCAUAUUUGGUGAGUAACGAACGUAUUUUGACAUUAUAACGCUUGCAUAGCUGUCUAAUGGGAGUUUGAAUUGGAGCUUCCUGGGCCUUAAAGACAUCUCUAACUCACAGAUACUGGGGCAGCUUCACCCCGUCUUUGGGGUGGAUGACUAAUAUCCUUAGCUUUUAGGAGGGAAAUGGAUACUUUUUAUUACCUCAAAGAACCACUUGACUGGAUAAAGGGAUGCAUGGAGUUACUGUAUGCUCAAAGUAAUACCUAUUUAGUUGAUCCUUUCUCUGAGACCUUUGAGCACUUGCUGGUUCACUCCCCUGUGUUCAAGAUUGCUAUUUUCUAGCAAAAAGGGGAUAGAGAACGAGACUACAUAAAUGCACUUCCCUUGCUGCACGAUGUGAAGGUGCCUUGGUGGUCCCAUUUGUGGCCCCCUUAAACUUGCAUGUAAGAGACACCCGCUGUAGUCAGAAAUAGGGCUGACACUCCGAAGAGGGCCUCAGGGGGGCAGGACUAUCUCUGGUUUAUUUUAUUUUUCUGUAAUUAGAUCGAUUAAGUAACAUACACUCUGGUACACAGAGAGAAGGCUAGAGGAGAACUCAGCCAUGAGUGUGGGGUGGUAGAGAAAGUGAGAAACUCAGAUGCCCACCCACAGUAGAAGUUUAACCACCAUGUGGGACUCUUGUCUCUCCACAAGGUCAUUUAAACAUGGUGGGGCAGUUAUGUGUUACAGACUGGAUUCAAACCUCCUUUGGCUCAGAGCUCAUUUGCAUCCUGCCUUGAAAUGAACUGAAAAGGGGACUAGCAUUAAAACAUGUAUCUGCUCACAAACUGGGACUGCUGAUAUACCUGAAAGCUUUAGCGUUUGGCUUUAGGUAAGUGUGUGAAAUGUAAAAUUGCAAGCUUUUGUGCAUCGCCAUGGAUAAAGAUGUCUAUUAAGCCAAUGAAAAAUGAUGUAAAUAUUGACAAAUGUGAAACAUAGAAAAAAGAACCAGGAGCUUUACGUAGCUUCAAUCUCAAUCGCCCGGAAGUGGCGUAGUUCAGGUUGCACAAUGACCAUCAAUGAUGGUGCCUGAUGUCUUUUUGUUGUUGUUGAGAAUCGUUCCCAUACAUGAUUAUUUAUUUAGUUGUUUGUUAAUGUGUUUGGUGAAUUCCCAUAGAGAGAGACUCUGCUGUGGGAAAUCCUCUGAGAUCAGUGUGCUCUGCAGCAGCACUGCAGUGGCAGAAAGUUAUUGGAAGCUGUAUUUGGAUGGUUUUAAAUGUAAUUACGGGAGGCUCAGUUCCUAGAGUCAAUGUGUGGCACCGGACUGAAGGACAGUGCAGUGCCUCGUAGUUGAUAGUGUUCUUUCCUCUGCUGCUGGUUACUUGAAAACUGAGGCUUCUCACUCUGCCCACCCCAAGUCACCCUCUGGGAAUGUUCUCUUUGGUGGAGCCGAGGAGGAGCGGGACUAUUUUAACCUAGGAAAGACUUAUGGGAUGCUGCCUGCCUGCUGUCUCUGUUUGUUGAAUCCCCUGCAAGAAUGUGUCUCGGCCAGAAUGACUGGCUGCUCCCCACAUACUCCCCUUUAACCAGUACCACCCCGGUCGUCAGAUACCCCUGUGAAAACCCAUGGGGCUGGAGGGACCUUGGGAUUCCAGCAGUAACCCAGGAGCUUCCUCUCCUGCUUUAGUCCUUUUUUAGUUCACGGUCAGAGUCAUGGACCAGUGUUGACCCUGACUGUGUCCAGGGUGGUCUGCUAUUUGGGUCACCCAACC